AUGGCAUUGGUGCCUAGUGACACUGAUAUAGAGUGCUCCGGCGUGGCCGUUGUGUCUGCUUGCUACACCUUCAUAACAUAUGGCUCACCGGACCCUUCUCCGGGAUCUCCAUGCUGUAAUUCCAUGAUAAGUAUCAAAAUGGUUUCCGCUCCUACUGUUGAAAACCGGAGAUUUAGCUGUAGAUGCUUGAUGAGCCUCAUUUCCACUUACAACCCUAACGGCUAUGCGCUUUCUACUUUGCCCGACUUUUGUCAAGUCUCUUUGGGUUUCAACAUGGAUCCCAACACUGAUUGCAACCUGAUACCAUGA